CGUGGUCCCCUCGGGCCGGAAGGGCAGGGAGGGUGGGAGCGAGAGCCCUGGCUCGCGUGCCCUCAGACCCUCCGCACACUGGAGCAACCGUCCUGCGGCCUUCCCGCCUCAGAGCCGCUCGAGGGCACGCGGCGGCGCGAAGCCCGAGGUGCUGCUUGGCGCUCGCAGACGGGGACGGGGAGUGGUGCUCGUCGCGCGCGGGGUCCUCGCGGGGUCCCCGGGGACCGAAGGUGGCUGGAGCCAGGCUUUCUCCUCUGCGGGAGAAUGCAAAGCAGUCGCUUCCUAGCGUACUGAGUAAAGCAGGCACAUUUCCCAAAGCCUCCGUCUCACCUCGCAGUUUGUAGUCCUUAAAUCUCUCCUUAGGCUCCUGGGGAAUAGAUAAUAAGUUGAGGAAACAGUAUUCCGACAUUGACCUGUUUGUGGAGGGCGUCAGUGCGGGGCACCGCAGGACAACAGUCGGGUUGUGUUGGUGCAGGGCCCAGAAUAGUUACCAGAGAUAAUUGCUCGUGGUGAUGGCUUGCAGCGUCAUAAACAAAAGAAGGCACGUGGGACUUCAACAGCUUUCAUCAUUCGCGCAAACAGGAAGAAGUUUCCUAGGCCCAGUAAAAGCCACCAAGUUUAUUACAGAUGCAAAGUGUCAUGAGAGUGUGUUAAUCAGCUCAACAGUCAGACUUCUUGAAGGUUUGGAUUUAACCUGUGCAGUGGGGCAGCUUCUCAACAAAGCAGUUCAAGCACAGCAUGGUGCAUAUAGAAUUGGAACCAGCACUCUCUUGUUUCUUGUUGGUGCAUGGAGCAGAGCUGUUGAAGAAUGUCUCCAUCUGGGUGUUCCCACUACAGUAAUAGUGUCAGUAAUGUCCGAAGGCUUGAACUCUUGCAUUGAAGCAGUAGUUUCCCUUCAAGUACCCAUAUGCCAUGUAUUUGACCACAUGGACAACUCAAAUAUAGUUUACAAACUUGAAACAGUUGAUGUCAACUUGCGUCCUUCAGGUCCUGGGUUGUUACAGGAAAAACAUGAUUUCAAAGAUGCUACAUCUCAGUUACUGUCCUCUUACAGUCUUUCUGGGAGACAUGCUGCAUCACCCAAAUUCUUCAAAACUCAGGCUAAGGUUGAAACAGAAGAAAACAUACCACAGACUCUGCGAAACAGCCUGCAUGCAGAUUCCUUCUGCAGAAAGUCAGCAUUAACUCACAGUAGGCAUUUUACUAGGACAGAUAAUAGCCACGGGAUAAGCAGACCUGAUGGAUUUCUAGAACAGUGUGGGUCAUCAACUCCCAGAACUUCUUCAUGUAAUGCAUUGGUAGAGUUAGCAGUCGGCUUAAGCCAUGGAGACCACAGCAGCAUGGCAUUGGCAGAAGCAGCUGUGAGGCUGCAGUGGCAGAGUGUGUACCUACAGCAAGACAACUGUAAGGCACCCUUUGUGUUUGAUGUUUCAAGACUCCUCACUUGCUGUCUCCCGGGCUUACCUGAAACUUGUUCUUGUGUUUGUUUAGGAUAUGUCACUGUCGUACCCAUGUCUAGUCUUGCUCUGAUAAAGGAAUUGCAGGAUCAACCUUUCCGGGUGAUUCUCAUCGAGGGUGACCUCACAGAGAGUUACCGCCACCUGGGAUUUAAUAAGUCCAUAAAUAUUAAGACUAAGUUAGAUAGUGGAAAGCUUCCAGAAGAUAGUGCAGAAGAACUGUGGGCAAAAAGUGUGUUGCAGGUGUUAACCCAGUUCAAUGUGAACCUCAUCCUGGUACAAGGAAAUGUAUCUGAACACCUAACUGAAAAAUGUACGCACAGUAAGCGGCUGGUGAUUGGGUCGGUGAACGGCAGUGUGUUGCGAGCAUUUGCAGAGGCUACAGGAGCAGCACCAGUAGCCUAUGUUACACAAGUGAACGAAGACUGUGUGGGCUCUGAGGUCUCCGUGACCUCCUGGACAAGUCCUCAUGAUGUGAGUGGGAGCAACAGAAUGGCAGUCUUGUUAAAAACAGAAAGAAUUAAUUUGAUUACAGCCGUACUCACCAGCCCAGUAAGUGCUCAGCUGGAAGCCAAGGAAGACAGGUUUUGGUCUUGUGUAUAUCGUUUAUAUCAUGCCCUAAAAGAGGAAAAGGUCUUCCUUGGUGGUGGUGCUGUUGAAUUUUUAUGUCUUAGUCAUCUUCAGAUUCUUGCUGAACAACCUUUAAAUAAAGAAAAUAAUGCUUGUUCAGGAUGGCUUCCUGACUCUUCCUCUUGGAUGGCCUCGUCUCUGUCCGUCUAUAGACCUACUGUGCUGAAGUGCAUGGCAAGCGGAUGGCGUGAAUACCUGUCAGCUGUCAUGUGUAACACCGCCACUCACCCAUCAGCCGUGGAAGCCAGCACGUGCAUUCAGCAUCAUGUACAAAAGGCUACCAGCUCUGGUUCCCCUUCAUCUUACAUCUUGAGUAAAUACAGUAAACUAAGUAGUGAACUUUUUCAUUCAGGUAUUUCAGAUAACCUGGAGCUAGUUCCAAGAGUUUAUGAUACCGUUACCCCAAAGACCGAAGCAUGGCGCCGAGCAUUGGACUUAGUGCUCUUAGUGCUUCAAACAGACAGUGAAAUAAUUACUGGACUCGAACACACACAGAUAAACUCACAGGAAUUAGAUGGAGUUUUAUUUUUGUAGGGUCAGCUAAAUCUUUGGGAAAUAAGCAAUAUUGUAUUAAUAAAUUUUAAAGUGGGAGUGUGCAUGCAUGUCCAAGGAGGCCAGAAGAGGGCACCAGAUCCCCUGGAACCACAGUUUUAGGUUUAUAAGCUGACCAGUGUUGAUGCUGAGAACCCAACUGUGCAAGAGCAGCAAACCCUCUUAACCUUUUAGCCAUUUCUCCAGUUGUAAUAAAUAUUUAUAGUCAGGUCAUAGUGUCUAAAUUAUUAGCAGUUGUCAAGAAUGAGUUGAUGUCUAUCAAUAGCUACAGUUCUGAAUUUUGCCCUAUUUAUAAGCUAACAAAUUAGCCUGUUCUUAUUUCACAGGUGCUAUAGGAUACCCCUGGAUUAGCAGCAGAGCACUUUUGCCAUUCACAGCAGAAUCUAUAUUCAGAGUAUUGUGUUGGUUUUUGUCUGGCUUUUCUGUCCCACAAGAACAGCACACAGGGCCAGUGCCAGGACCUGGAACAAGGGUGUUCUCUUGUAAGACAAAUGCUGAACUUGUGAUAUUUACUGCCAAAGCAGAAAUAAGUCCACUUAUUUGUCCAAGAGGAGUGAUUACAUCCUUCAACAGUGCUUAUGGCAAACCAGCCAUGGACAUGGACUAGAUAAAGAUUGGUCAAGCUUUUAUAUUCUUUGCAUCUAUAGUAAGUACAGAGAUAUCUUUAUAUUCUUUACAUCUAUAGUAAGUAUGGAGAUGCUGUCUCAGUUAUUUUUCUAUUGCUGUAAUAAGACAGACCAGGGGAACUUAUAAAAAACUUUAAUUUGGCUUUAUGGUUCAGAGAGUCAGAGCCCAUGACGACAGAGCAAAAGCGUGGUGGCAGUGACAUCUGUGAGCCCACAUCUUGGUCCCCUAGUAGGAGGUGGGGAGUUGAGGGGAGAAUGCAGUGACAUCUGUGAGCCUACAUCUUGGUCCCCUAGUAGGGGGUGGGGAGUUGAGGGGAGAGUGCAGAGACCUCACCCAGUGUAGCACACCUUCUCCAAAAGGGCCACAUGUUCCAGACCAUUCCAGAUAUUUCCACCAUGCCUGGCUUCUUUCCAUUAUUCUUUAAGCACAUCUUUAGAGGACUGUCUUGGUCUGUUUUGUCUUUCAUUUUCAAUCCCCACAACUAGUAUAAUCACUAUUUACAUUUAGGGGAUGGUUUUCUAAGGCUUCUUAAAUUUAUAUGUCUGUACAUACAUUUUGACCCUAAAGUGGCAUCACUGUAUAUAGUGUCAUUUCAACUGUAUUUUAAUAAAUAAAGACUGCCUGAAGAUCUGAGAGUGAAACAGUCCCAUUGGUCAGCCUUAUAGGCCAGGUUAUGGUAACACACACCUUUAAUCCCAAUAGCCACCCUAGUUGCCGUAGGGUGGUGCAUUGUUUUAAUCCCAGGGUGCACGCCUUUAAUCCCAGCCCUAGAGAAGAAUAUUAAAUGGGGGUGAGGGUGAGA